AUGGCUUCUAAUGCUGAUGAUAUUUACAGACACGUAUAUAAAUAUAAUGAUUCACAGUGUCAUAUUCGUUGGAUUGGCGUUCAUCUUGACAAGUUAAUAGUGGGUAUUGAAAGUGUGAAAUACGAAACAGACAAUACGAAUGGUGAAUGUCCAAUUGAUCGUAUCAAACAUUUUACAUGUACCAAAGGACAUGGUUUUUAUAUGAAAGCCGCCACAUUUUUUCAACGUUCAAUAGUCGUGGAUCAGAUCAUAAACAUUAAUGUAACGGAGAACAGUGGAAAUAUAUUUAAUAAAUGUAAAAUUUUACAACAUGUGUUUGAUUUAUUUAACAAAAAUGAUCAAAUUAACGGACUUGAAUUAAACACUGAUUUAAUAGAAAGUACAAACAUUAUUUGUGCGAAUAAUCUCAAACAAAUGAAUUAUUCUGCAGGUAUAUCACCAUUAUUGUUGCAUCUAAAGCGUAGGAAACAAAAAUUGUUCCCUCCUAAAACGUUAUAUGUCGAAUCGGGUUUCAAAUUAUUUGGUGGUGCUUUGCAAUAUGUUAGGACUAAGUAUGAACUAAUUGGAAUAUUAUUUUCUAAUAACAAUCAAUAUGCACGAGGCUUGUUUAAAGCUAUACUUCCAUCGAAUAUGGGUGUACGUUGGAUGUUCGCCGAUUUAGAGCGUGAAGAUUUGACAAUAGAAUCAGAAGAGAAUGAAUAUUGGAAUAGAACACAUCAGAUAUCUGCAUAUAUUGAAUAUAAUUCAAAGGUAUUGAUUUAUAAUAAAUGUAGUGAAUAG